AUGCUCCGCCUUCUCGCUGCUUCGAGCGUGCUCGCGUUGGCCGAUGCUCACGGCGCUCUAGUGACGCCUCGCUCGCGCAACGCCGUCGACUUUGAGGAGAUCACGAACAACGCGUCCGCGGGCAUCCACAAUGUCUGGGCGCAGUGCUCCAACAUCACCGGCGCGCCCUGCAACAAUGGGCAGGCGACCUACUGGUACAGCCAGGGUUGCUUCAUCGGCUGCGACGAGUGCGACCACGUGAGCGGCCGCCGCCAGACGGAUCUUUGCAACUCGGGCUUCGUCGGCCAGCUCCCGGACCACGCCAUCUCCGUGAACCGCGACCAGGUCCGCGAUUCAAAGUACGACAUCUACCGGCACAACCCCUGGCGCGCGCCGGGCUUCGCGCCCGUCGCCGACGCCUGCGGCCUCGCCGGCGGCACGCCCUGGGCGUCGAUGGCGCCGGAGGAGGGGCAGUACGUCAACACGACGCACGCGCGUCACGGCAUGAAGGGCACGUCGCUGCCGCCGCUCGACACGGGCACGGUGUGGACCGCCGGCGGCGAGGAGCCCGUCGUCUUCGCGGUCAAGUUCAACCACGGCGGCGGCUACUCCUAUCGCCUCUGCCCCGCGGACGAGGAGCUCACGGAGGCCUGCUUCCAGAAGCAUCCUUUGGACUUCGCGCCGAAGCAGGCGCUCCUCUUCCCCAACGGGUCGACGAUCGACGUGUCCGCCUCGGCGGUCUUCGUCAACGAAGGCACGUCUCCCGCCGGUUCGAUGUGGACGCGCGUCGCGCUCUCGGCCGCCGGCCUCGGCCCGCGGUGCGCGUGCGACCUCGACAACGACUACAAUCCCGGCGACUUCUCCUGCGGCUGCAAGAUGGGCGAGCAGGUCGACUCCUGCGUGACGGCGGGCAACUGCUCGCUCGGCCACUGCGAGCCCUGCCCGGAGACGGCCGGCAGCGACUGCAGCCGCUGCGACAACCCGCCGAUCCACCCCUGGGGCCGGUCCUCGUUCCCGCAGCCCUGCGACGACGCGUGCCUCGCGGAGUCGCCGUCCGUGCUCGACCAUGUCAUCGUGCCCGAGACCAUCAAGCCCGGCAAGUACGUCCUCGGCUUCCGCUACGACUGCGACUCCACGGCCCAGGUCUGGUCCAACUGCGCCGACAUCACCAUCGUCGCCGCGUGA